AUGGAGUGUAAUCCUGCAGAAACUCUAGUUGAGUUAAAUGUGAAGCUUGUAAGAAGUGAGAAUGAGGCUUCAUUUUAUGGAACCUUGUUCAGGCAGAUUGCUGGUAGCCUGAGGUUUAUUUGUCAAAGUAGACCAGAAAUUGAUUUCAGUGUUGGACUUGUGAGCAGGUUCAUGAGUGAUCCUAGACAACCACAUUUGUUAGCUGCUAAGAGAAUCUUGAGAUAUCUAAAGGGAACUCUGGGAUAUGGAAUCAUUUUUUCCCAUCAAAUCAAGGAGGAUGAGAGUCUACAUCUUGAAGCCUAUUCUGAUUCUGAUUGGUGUCGUGAUUUGGUUGAUAGGAAAAGCACUAUGGGACAAGUCUUCCUAUUGUCUGGAUCUCCUAUGUCCUGGAGCUCAAAGAAGCAAACAGUGGUGGCACUAUCAACUUGUGAAGCAGAAUACAUUGCAGCGUGUUCAACUGCUUGUUAG